AGUUGUUUAACAAAUUCACAAUCGCAUCUCUCUCUACCUGCAACUGAAAUAUUGAUCAUGGUGUCAGAGGUUGAAUCUUCAAACUUUGAUAUGUUUAUCAACUUCAGAGGCGAAGACACUCGCAAUAUAUUCGUUGGUCACCUUUACAGUGCUCUAAAGCGUAAAGGAAUCCGUGGUUUCAUCGACAGCAAAGAUCUACGCAAAGGAGAAGAUAUUGGUAAGCUUCUCAAUAUUAUAAAAGGCUCUAAACUCUCGAUUGCUGUCUUCUCUCAAAGAUACAUAGAAAGCAAAUGGUGCCUCCGGGAACUCGCUCAGAUGCUGGAAUGUCAUGGAACCGGUCAAAUCAUUUUACCCAUUUUCUUCAAGGUUGAACCAUCAGACGUUAAGAAUCAAACUGGACAUUUUGAGAUUUCGCCUCAGACACUUAGCGAGGAGGCGCCCAAAACUUUAUCAAUAUGGAAGGAUGCUUUGCGAGCGGCAGGAAAUAAGAGUGGAUGGGUUAUUGGCGAUAGGUAAGUCUUAGUAACCCGAGAGUAUACUUCUUCUGUGAAGAUCACUUCUUUUUUCUUGGUUUUAAUAUAUCUUUUCACAAUAUAACUCAAUAAUGACCUUUUUUCCCGCAAGAAAACUUUUCAUAUAUUCUUUAAGCAUUUGAGUUUCACUUCCAAUUAUGUUGUGAGUUGUGAAUUCCAUUUCUAACUGU